GUUGAAUGGAAGAACAGCAACUGUUGUCACGCGUCACUUAUAACUGUGUAAUAUUUUCAAUAUUUCCAGAGCACUUCGACCAGGAGUAUCAAUAUAUAUCUGCUAGCGGACCCCUGGCCGGGACCCGUUACAGAUCCUUGGGGGCUCGCCCGGGAUUCUUCGGCGCCACCUAGCUGAGUGGGAGCCGAAUGAUGACAACGCUGACCAGUGACUAACCCUGUCCAGCCGUGGAACUGCGACCGCGAACGAGUGGAGGCCUGUGAUCCAGAGCUAACUGCACCAGCACCGACCCGUGUUGCCAGCCGUGAGGGAAACAAGGAGCCAUCAUGUCAAUUCACAUUAGGAAAAGCUUACUCACCCUGUCAGCUGGAGAGCUUCUUCAGGUCGCCAGAGCGGUGGAGCCAGUGUCGAGCGAGGACCAGUCAGAGCUUGUGGAAGGAGACCAGGAAGGAUGUUACGAUCACAUCAACUUGUUCAUGUAUAGUAAGCAGUUACUUGACACGGAGGACGAGAGAAUGGUUCAGUUGUUGAUGUUGAAAGAUGCUAUUGACGAUGUGGUGAAAUGUCGUGAUGAUGAUGUGUCGAUGUCAAAUGUAAAAGGUGAUUCUGAGUUACAUAUUGAGCAGGGUAGGGAUAAGCGUGAUGACCGUGUUGAUUUUAUUGAAGGUUCAGUCAUUAUCCAAACAGCCCCUGAAAACACCACAGACACUCACAAACAGAGCCACCACACAUUCAAUGUAGCUAGUGCUGCGUCACCUAAUGAUAUUGCUGAUCUAGAUUCAGGCCCAAUAGAAGCAGCAAUGUUAAGUACACCUGACACAGCUAACACUGAUUUUCUUAAAGUGCUAGCUAGCUAUGAAGAGGUUAGCAAGAAACUCAUGCAGUGCUUACCAACAACACAUGCUGUACCGCCACAGACACAGUUAACCCAAUCCUUAAGCCUUCUUCAACAGCCAGACAGAAAACCACCAAGUGAACUUGUCUCUCAGUCGCAGCACGAGGGGAAGUGUUGUGGGUGAGAUGCCGGGUUCCGUCAAACAUGGAUGCCUCUACCCGAUUUGUGUUGCUGGAGAUGGAUGAAGAUAGCCUACCAUCUGGACAGUGGGAUGCAGGGCCAGGUUUGUUUGAAAUCCAGAACACAACAAAGCCCUAUGUCACCAUUCCAAUUGGUAAUAACACCAAUCAUGACAUCACAAUACCACGUAAAACAGCUCUAGGGAUCCUGCAGCAUGUUGAAAAUGUUGUGGAGGCAGAUACCCUGGACAAAUCACAGCCUGCAGCGACUGUCAGUCAGGUCACCACCACUCAGGUCAGCGACUCAGAUCCACCUCUGUGGGACCCACCUGUAACGCUCAACCAUCUGGAGGAAUAACAGCAUGAGGCUGUAAGAAAGAUGCUUCGUGAGGAGUCAGAUGCCUUUGCAAGAGACGGAAACGACCUCGGCCGUAUCCCAAACCUACAGAUGGUGAUCAAUCUCAAUGACGAGAUCCCUGUGCAGAGAGCAUACACAUCCAUUCCCAAACCAUUGUUUAAAGAAGUGAAAGAGUACAUUCAAGAUCUUCUUGUGAAGGGUUGGAUAGUGAAAUCUAAAUCUGCCUAUUCUGCACCAGUUGUAUGUGUACGGAAGAAGGACGGCACUCUUCGUCUCUGUAUAGACUAUCGUCUCCUAAAUAAAAAAACUGUACCCGACAGACAUCCACUGCCACAAAUACAGGAUUUGAUAGACACGCUAGGUGGGUACUCGAUGUUCAGCAUACUGGACCAAGGUAAAGCUUACCACCAGGGGUUUAUGGCAGAAGAGUCACGCCAUCUUACUGCCUUCAUCACUCCCUGGGGGCUUUACGAAUGGGUAAGGAUACCGUUUGGACUUUCGAAUGCACCGGCAGCUUUUCAAAGGAGCAUGGAGGAGAUGUUAGGCUCUCUGAGAGAUGAGUACUGCAUCCCGUACCUGGAUGACCUACUGUGCUACUCCAGAUCUUUCAGUGACCAUGUGGAGGUGAUCCGCAAAGUCCUCAGAGCGCUGCAGCAUCAUGAGUGAAGCUACGAGCAGAGAAGUGCGAAAUGUUCCAGAAGGAGGUUCGCUAUGUUGGACGCCUGGUAUCGGCUGAGGGAGUUCGAAUUGACCCCAAAGACCUAGAGGCAGUAAGGGCUUUAAAGAACAAAAUGCCCCAAACAGUUGGUGAUCUCCGAAGGGCUCUCGGCUUCCUGAGUUAUUACCGCUCCUACAUACAGGACUUUGCUAAAAUAGCAAAGCCAUUGUAUGAGUUGCUCCAAGUUAAGUCAUCCAUGCCCCAACCCCUUCCACGUCACUGCAAGUCCAAGGGUCCACAACUCCCAUCCAAAACACCCAUCAUAUGGAAGGCUGAUCACCAAAGCACCUUGGAAAGUCUUGUCAGUAUGCUGACCAACCCCCCAGUCCUUGCAUACCCCAACUUCGAGGAGCCAUUCGUCAUACACACGGAUGCAUCGGAGAAAGGGCUCGGCGCAAUCCUCUAUCAGCGACAGUGUGGAAAAAUGCGAGUCAUCGGAUAUGGAUCACGAACUCUGACACUUGCUGAAAGGAACUACCGACUCCACAGCGGAAAACUCGAGUUCCUUGCUCUGAAGUGGGCAGUGUGUGAGAAAUUUAGAGACUAUCUCUUCUAUGCUCCACAUUUCACUAUCUACACUGAUAACAAUCCGCUUACCUACGUCAUGAGCACUGCGAAACUCAAUGCAGUUGGACACCGCUGGGUUGGAGAAUUGUCAGAGUUCCACUUCAACAUUAAAUACAGACCUGGAAAAAGCAAUAGAGACGCCGACACACUCUCACGCAUCCCACUCGAUAUUGACCACUAUGUGGCGACAUGCACAGAGGAGCUGUCUCAGGAUGUGCUGCAUGCGACUUGGGAAGGGGGUAGAGCAGCCCAGAAGAAAGAUGUAGCAUGGAUUGCUGCACUUUACACCUCCUCUGCAGAUGUGAUACCACAGCCUCAUUCAUUCUUGCCCGAAAUAAGCCACGAAGAGCUGGUAAAAGCCCAACGAGAGGACCCUGGAAUAGGGGAAAUAAUGAGACUGAAAGAGGCAAGUAAUGUUCUUACUGACGAGGUCAGAAGGUCAGUGAGUGGGCUCACUCGCAAGCUCCUUCAUGAGUGGAGUCAACUACAUUUGGAGAAUGGAGUCCUGUACCGCCAAACACCAGAGAGAAAACAGUUAGUCCUGCCCACCAAGUAUCGGCUCUGGUUAAUCUCUUCUCAAGAACCCGGAAAUAGUACUUGCCAUGUAGGAGGAUAGAGCUGACAGUUUGUGUACAUUUCGCCGGUCAUUGAUCAAAAAGGGGGUCGUUACAUAAAGGCAAC